UAUUGUUUAGUUCGAUUUGAUAGUUGUGCUAAAAUUAUUUUGCUACAAUUAAGUUAGUUAGUAAUAACCUUUCAAUAUUCGAACAUUAAUUUUGGAUUAGGUUUCGGAAAUAUUGUAAAAGUGUUUUUACGACCUGGGAUACAUGGUUAAAUAUUAGAGUGUUUAUAAUUUUGUGUUUAGUAUUUUCUUCAUUUCCUUUUAUUUCCUGGAAGAACGUGAUUGAAUUUAAUAAAUAUGCCUAAACGAAAUAGUUUGCGAAUGAUGAGAUCACAAAUGCCAACAUGCCGUGAAAUUAUUACGAUGUGUGCAGCAGAAAUGGUUGGUACUGCAAUUUUAAUACUUUUUGGAUGUAUGGGAGGUGUUGAUAGAACAUCGAUGGCUGGUCAUUUAACGAGUUGUUUAGCUUUUGGAAUGGUAGUAAUGUUAGUAAUAACGACAUUCGGACAUGUAUCCCAGGCACAUCUAAAUCCUGCUGUAACUAUUUGUGCUGCCAUGCUAGGUGGUAUACCUGUAUUAUUAGCACCAUUAUACUGUAUAUCGCAAAUCAUUGGAGGCACAAUCGGAUAUGGUAUAUUAAAGUUUGUUGUACCUGAUUCUCUGUUUUAUCAAGGCUUGUGCGUUACAAAGUUACAUGAAGAAGUCACCUUGUCACAGGGUUUCAUUAUUGAAUUAAUGGCAACAUCAGUUUUAAUUUUAGUCUGUUGUGGUGUAUGGGAUCAUCGAAGUGCCGCUCAUAUGGAUUCACUCCCAUUAAAAUUUGGGUUCACUAUCACGUCACUUGCCUUACUUGUGGGUCCUUUAACUGGAUGCAGUAUGAAUCCAGCAAGAUCCUUUGGGCCAGCAUUAUUUAAUAACUUCUGGAAUUAUCAUUGGUUAUAUUGGUUAGCACCAUGCUUUGCCGCUGUUUUAGCCACAUCGUUUUAUAUGAUGGUAUUUAGUAAAUCGAAGAAUGAUGAAGAAACAGAUACAGUUGAAGAUUUACCAUUAAGAACGAUGGGCGUAAAUACAGAAAAACCUAAAGCUCGAGAUAUAAUAGUGAUGUUUAUGGCAGAGUUUUUUGGUACAGCAUUUUAUUUAUUUUUUGGAUGUAUGGGGUGUAUUGAUACUGGAUCGAUGAUAACCCAUUUUCAUUAUAGUUUUGCUUUCGGAAUGGUAAUAGUGGCAUUAAUUACGUCAUUUGGACAUAUUUCUCAGAGUCAUUUAAAUCCUGCUGUAACUAUAUGUGCUGCAUUGUAUGGUACAUUUCCGAUACUAAUGGCACCAAUUUACAUUUUAGCACAAGUCCUUGGAUGUAUACUUGGAUUUGGCAUAUUAAAGGCUAUCUUACCUGACUCUCUGUAUGAUGACGACUUUUGUGUUACGACUUUACGGCCUGAAGUCUCGUGGUUGCAGGGUUUCUUGAUAGAAUUUUUCGCAACACUAAUUUGGGUCUUCGUUUGUUGUGGCUUAUGGGACCAUCGAAAUACAACUCGAAUGGAUUCAUUGCCACUUAAACUUGGGUUUGCUGUUUUUUGUCUUACUUUAGCAACGGUACGAUUCACAGGAGGAAGCAUGAAUCCAGUAAGAUCGUUGGGACCGGCAAUUUUUAAUAAUAGUUGGAAUUCUCACUGGAUUUAUUGGAUUGCGCCUUGUUUAGCUGGAGCUCUUGCCACAUUUAUCUAUACGAUGUUCUAUGGUGGACCUGUAGCUAUUAACAAAGCUAAAAAUAUUGCAGAAUACAUUACAGAUGAAGACAGACCAUCGAUAAGAAAAAUAGGAAGCGCUCAAUUUUAUAAUCUAAGCAAUGAAAUGGUCGCAACAUUAGCUCCAGAACGAUGGAAGUUGAAGAACAUGAUAGCAGACUUGCCGCCACGAUGGGUAAUCAUUCAAAUGGGCUUAGGAGAAGUUUUUGGCACUGCAAUUUUAUUGAUGUUUGGAUGUAUGGGAGAUUUAAGUUCGUUAAAGACUAAUGUACCGCAUUUUAUUUCAAGUAUUGCUUUUGGAAUGGCAGUCAUGUUGAUAAUCACUACAUUUGGACAUAUUUCUCAAGCACAUUUGAACCCCGGUGUAACUAUUUGUGCUAGUAUUCUUGGUGGAUUGCCGAUUUUAUUAGCACCAUAUUAUAUUAUCUGCCAGUGUAUUGGAUCAAUAGGUGGAUUUUGGUUUGCAAAGUUAUUGGUACCUGAAAAAUAUCAUAAAGACUUUUGCGUUACUAGAGUACACCCAGAUUUUAAUUGGUAUCAGGGUUUCCUAGCCGAGUUUUUUUCUAGUUCAAUUUUAAUUUUGGUUUGUUGCGGUGUGUGGGAUCCACGCCAAGCUACAAAAGGAGGUUCAACGCCGUUGAAAUUUGGAUUCGAUCAGUUAUAUUUGAAACAAAUGGCUCCGAAUUGGCAAGUGGAAUCAUUAACCAGAUAUAAAUGUUGGGAUUUCAAGAAGUCGACGCUUCCAGCAACAAAGCGUGACAUUGUUGGACUCUUCGUGGCAGAAUUUAUGGGCACUUGUUUAUUAAUUAUGUUUGGUUGUUUGUCAUUUUGUAAAGAAACGCUACCUAGUGAAGGUGAAGUUGCAAAUAUCCCUAGUUGGUUCUUAAUUGGUUAUGGUUAUGGAGCUAUAGUUAUGUUCCUAACUGCGGCAUUUAUACACGUUUCUGGUGCAUUUAUGAAUCCUGUUGUAACUAUUUGGGCUGUAAUUUAUGGUGCGUUACCAGUAUUACUUGCUCCUAUAUAUAUGCUGGCGCAGUUUAUUGGAGCAAUACUUGGAUAUUAUUUAUUAAAGGUCACAAUGCCUGAAACCAAAUUUCAUGACAAAGCAUGCGUUAACUUUAUAGAUUAUCGUUUCAAUAAAACGCAGGCAUUUUUUAUGGAAUUUCUUACAACCGUAUUAUUAAUUUUAGUCUAUUGUGGAGUAUGGGAUCAUCGAUGUAAAUCCUAUAUUGACACAAGUCCAAUAAAAAUAGGAUUAACUUACAACUUACUUAUAACAGUUACGGGAAUAUCAACACAAAGCGGCAUGAAUCCAGCAAGGACAUUGGCAGCAUCAAUAUAUAGUGGCGACUGGUAUCAUCAUGAAAUAUUCUGGUUAGCACCGUUACUUGGAUCAAUUACAGCUACACUCUUUUAUAAGCUACUUUUUAGUAAACCUAUACCAGAGAUACCAAAAAGAAAAGACGAAACAAACCUGAAAAAUAUGGAAAUACUUGAAACCAAAGUUGAAAAGUCAAUGGAAGAUGAAAAACAUCAAUUUUCAGAACCACAUCAGACACCUGGUUAUAAACCCGAAGGAACUGAAAAAUAA